ACAGAAUUCACUAAAUAAAAGUUCAUUUGUGUUGUUGCUGACAAAGGGCGUUAACGUAUGUUUAAAAUAUUAUUUUAUAAAUGACGACAUACCUAACAGAGUACUAAAUAAAAUGUGGAAUUACAGUGAUUUUUGUUUAAUGUGUAUUUUAUUGACGUUAUCUGAAGAGUUGUAAAUGUAUCAAGAUGUCUAACGCACCUGCGUACAAGGUGCCUCCAGACGGAGGAUACGGAUGGGUCAUCACAUUCGCGUAUGCUUUGAAUAAUGUAGUUGUUCUACCCCUCAUUAGUAGUUUCGGUCUGGUGUUCCAAGAAGCGUUUGAUGAGACGGGUUUGACUCCUACGCAAGGGACCUUAGUUAUAAUACUCAAUCAUAGUAUUGGAAUGUUGUUGUCGUUCUUUGGAGGACCAUUACUACGACGGUUUGGAUACCGGAAAGUAGCUGCCGUCGGGGCUAUACUUAUCUCUGCUGGACUCAUAUUAACGAGUUUAGCAUCCAGUUUCUGGGUCUUCAUUUUAUCGUACAGUAUUCUAAAUUCAAUGGGUGUAGCUUCAGUAAUGGCUGCAUUCACAUUAGCAAUUAAUUCGUUCUUCAAGGAAAAACGAAGUAGAGCAAUCGGUGUCGGCAUGUCAGUCACAGGACUUGGAGCAAUUUACAUGCCACUGCUCAUGAGUACUCUCAUUUACGCGUACGGUUGGCGAUAUGCUGUAUUAAUAUUGAGUGCAAUUUGUCUUCACUCACUUUUAGCGGCAUGUCUGCUAAGGCCUGCGAAAUGGUACUUAAAAGACCCACCGCUCUCGGAAGAGCUUGUACCUCUAAAGAAAGAGACUGAUGUUGAACUUGUCAACGGUAGCAUUACGUCUUCAUUGAAAGGAAUAGCUUCUUUACAUAUGAAUGAUACGAAAGAAAACGGUGGAAUUCCAAUGAAAAGUUUUUCUAUGGGAUCACUGAACAGUAACUCAAGUUUGCAGUCAAGAAAUGCUGUAUCGCACCCUGAUGUGCGUCCAAAGCAAAACGAAACACCACUAGCACAGGCGCGUUACAAAUGGUGGGAGUCACAAGAAGUAAAUCUUGGGAGCUCCAUAAAUAUUUUCAAUGAAAUCAUUGAGAAUAAGAAACAUAAAGAAGUCGAUGUGUUGACGACAGAGGAAAAAGAGAAAAAAGGCUUUUUACAAAGCUUCGUGGAUUUCUUUGAUUUAACACUUUUAAAAGAUCCAAUAUUUGUUAGUAUCCUAAUCGGUCUCUCAGUGGCUGCUUGUGUUGAAACAAACUUUUCUCUGCUCUUACCAAUUAUUCUUAAAGAUAUGUUAAAAUUCGAAACAAGCGAAAUAGCUCAGAUUAUGUCUAUCAUAGGUUUCUCAGACACACUGUUUCGACUGGUAGCACCUUUUAUUGGAGAGUGGUGGAAUAAAUCUCCCAGAGUUAUGUACAUGGUUAGUUUGACGCUAGUAAUUAUCAUCAGAACUAUAAUGCUUUUCACGCAUUCUUAUUUAGGAAUGGUUUUCGUGGCAAUAGCCAUGGGAUUUACAAAAGGAAUACGUACUGUUUACAUGAACUUGAUAAUCCCUUGUUACGUUCCACUGGAGAGACUGCCAUUUGCUUCUGGGAUACAAAUGUUUUUCAAUGGUAUUAUCAUCGCCUCAAUCGGAUCGUUACUAGGUCGCAUUCGUGAAUCUUCAGGAACCUACAUUAUGCCUAUAAUUGUAUUAAACAUAGUCACACUUUUAACUAUAAUUCUAUGGAACUGUGAAUUCUUGUAUCUAAGAAUAAAAAAUAAAAAUCAAAAGGACAACCAACUUGAGGCUUAA